ACAAAAUAUAUAGUUAUCCCCCCCCCCCCCCAAAGGCUAGAUCGAGGAUUGAUCUAUGGCGUCCGGGAUCAAGCACUUCAGCCACAACCACAAUCUAUUGAUGCAUGAGAUGCCUGAAGGUGCUGAGGUCUCAUGCUCCGGUUGCAACUCUUCGGCGACGAAGACCAUAUACAUUUGUUGGCAAUGCAAUUUCUAUUUACAUGAGCAAUGUUUUCAUGCAACUCGCUCACGGAAACAUCCGUCGCACCCUCAACACCCCCUUAACUUGUUACCUUACCCUACUUACCCUUCCAACUCCUUCUAUUGCAAUUCAUGCAAAGUCAUUGGAACCGGUUUCUCCUAUUCCUGUUCCGAUUGCGAUUUUGAUCUUCAUGUCCAAUGUGCUUAUUCCAUUUCUGAUGCUACAAAUUCUCAUCAACAUCCAGUCACUAGUCCUCAACCACAUCAUGUAUCUUAUCCAGACCAAGCAGUAGCUCCAACGGUCCCUAAUGUCCCCUCCAUUUCAUUUCCGACGCCAAUUCCAAUUCCAACUCCAAUUCCGACUCCAACUCCAAUUCCAGUUCCUGCUCAAUAUUCAAUAAGCAUGACCCAAGACCCUUACAUGGCUCAAAAUGUAUCAACCUUUUCUGUUCCGGCCCCAAUUCCAAUUCCGACCACAAUUCCAAUUCCGACCCCAAUUCCAGUUCCUGCUCAGUAUCCGAUAAAUGUCACCCAAGACUCUUACAUGGCUCAAAAUGUUUCGACAUUUGUUCCUACUAGUGCUCAAAAUCUGGUCACUAGUGCACAAAAUGCACAUAUACCUCAAAGUUUUACUAGUGUUCCCACAAGUGCACAUAAUUCAUCCAUACCGCAACAUCUACAUACCCCUUUCGCAUCUGUUCCACCUACUGCUCCGAAUUCACAACCACCUCACUAUGGCGAAUCCGGUAAAAACAAGACAACAACUCCAGGUAUCAAACAUUUUAGCCACCCACAUGGUUUGGUUUUAGUAAACAUAAAACAUGGAAAAAAGAACAUAACUUGCUCAGGAUGUCAAGAAACCUUAAUCGGCAAAGGCUAUGCAUGUGCCGAACAAAACUGUAGCUUUCAACUUGAUGAAUCUUGUUUCAAUCUAGAGAAAGAGAUCCAACACAAAUCUCAUCCAGCCCACCCUCUUACCCUUCUCUCCUCAUCGCUAUACAAGAACCAAAAUGGUAGGUUUACUUGCAAUGCAUGCUAUAAAGAUGGUUCUGGCUUUAACUACCAUUGUUCAAUCUGUGAACAUGAUCUGCAUGUUAAGUGCGCGAACUUGAGCGAAACAGUAAAGCGCGAUGAUCAUGAACAUGUGCUAAAGCUGUUUUACGAGGCCCCGUUGAUGGGAGAAGAGUACACAUUCUUUUGUGACGUGUGUAGUCGCGUUGUGCAUAAAGAUCACUGGACUUAUUACUGCAAGGAAUGUGACUUUGGGACACAUUUGGAGUGUGUGAAUCGUCAAGUAUGUGAUGAAAGUAGUGGGGAUCAGGUUGAUGAUUCAAGAACUGACCAGGAGAGGCUUGAUGAAGCGUAUGAAAUUGCUAGGAUAAAUGCUCUCGGCCGGAAAUACAGCUUAGAAAAUAUAUAAUUAGUGCAUAUGUUUUUAUGCAAGAAAGAGUUGCACAAUCAUGAUUUACUUAUUGUGCCGGGUGAAGUUACCAGGCAAUAUUGGUAUUCAGUAAUUUCUUUUAUGUGUUAUAUAGUAUCUGAUACUUGUUUUUAUGCCUUACCGGCUACAUUGAUUGAUCUGCGUAACCAACACUUGUUUUUUCUUUUGUUUUACAAUGAGAAUAAGCGUUAGGUGACCGUGGUUUGUGGUUGAUUAAGUCUAUACGCGCGCCCAGGACUAGCCGACGGGUAAAAGUCUUCCCCACGCCCAAGUUGUCGAUGAAUCUUUGGGAUGUUUACCUCACAAGUGCUUUUUAUAUAAUUUGUAUGAAUUUAACUGUAUCACGGCAUUUAUUAUUUAAUUUGUAUGGUUUUUUGUUGUAUUUGUUAAAAUUUUAUAAUCAACGGAUGAAAUUUUUAAUGUGUA